CUACUUUCUCUAACGAGGUAACUUGAUUCCAUAUCUGCCUGGACAUCAUUUGCACCAUUAUUCCAUCUCUCAUCUGUUGAAAGCCCAUCAUGCGUCGUGCUGCGAUGAUAGCUGGUUUGACCGCCACUGCUGCCCAUGCAGCUUCUCUGGCUGAUGUCUGUACCACUGCCAACGUCAAGGCUGCCCUGCCCACCUCUGUGUACGGACUCACCAUGAUUCCUUCCUCUGUAACCGCCUCCCCCGUCUACAACGCCUCUACCAGCGGCCAGGUUUUCUUCCCCGAUGCCACCUACGAUUACUGCGGCAUCACCUUCAACUACACCCAUAAUGGUCGCGGUGACACCGUGAAAUUGCAGUACUGGCUCCCCGCCCCUGAGAGCUUCGAGAACCGCUUCCUGGCCACAGGUGGCAUGGCGUACAUGAUCAGCGGCGGCUCUAGCUAUCUUCCCGGUGGUGUCAUGUAUGGUGCUGUUGCCGGUACCACCGACGGCGGUUUUGGCGGCGAAUUGGACAUUGCUUUCCUCCUGGCCAAUGGCACGAUUAACUACGAGGCCCUCUACUCAAUGGGUUAUCACGGUAUCGGCGAGCUGACCAUGAUCGGCAAGGAAUUCACCAAGAAUUUCUAUAGCAUGGGAGAGGAGAAGCUGUACACCUACUACCAGGGCUGCUCCGAGGGUGGUCGUGAAGGCUGGAGUCAGAUUCAGAAGUACCCUGGCGUCUAUGACGGUGUCAUCCCUGGUGCCCCUGCCAUUCGCUACAGCCAGCAGCAGGCCAACCAUCUUUACUCUAACAUUGUGGAGAAGACCCUCGGAUACUACCCCCCUCCGUGUGAACUGGAGAAGAUCGUCAAUGCCACCAUCGACGCUUGCGAUUCUCUCGAUGGCAAGGUCGACGGUGUUGUUGCGCGUACCGAUCUCUGCCAGCUCCACUUCAACAUCAACUCCACCAUUGGCCUUCCCUACCAUUGCGCUGCCAGAUCCAGCAGCGGAAUUGGUCUUGGAUUUGGCAAGCGUGGCACUGACCCGCCAUCAACGGCACCGUCUCUGCCAAGGGGUCUGCAUGACUCCAAGGGCCGCCGUGCCUACAUCUCCUACCAGCCCACUGCCUCCUUCAGUGACGCCGAGACCUCUUAUAACUCCGAGACUGGCGAGUAUGAACUGAGCAUUGCCUCUACCGGUGGUGAGUGGGUUGCCAAGUUCCUGGAGCUCCGCGAUGCCGAAAACCUGUCUACCCUUGACAAUGUCACCUACGACACCCUACGUGACUGGAUGGAGUUGGGCUGGAAGCGCUACGAGGAUGUCAUGCAGACUACCUGGCCCGAUCUAACUAAGUUUGAGAAGGCGGGUGUUUAUUCCUACCAGUUCUUCGGUCUACUUUUACAACUCCAUCCGCAAUAUCAUUACUGUCUGUUCCUGGUGCCGGGUGCAUCUCACUGCUCAACCAAUGAUGUCCAGGCCAACGGCCCAUUCCCCCAGAUUAAUCUGGCUAUCAUAAUUAACUGGAUUAAGAAGGGUAUUGUUCCUUAUAUCCUCAACGCCAUCCACCUGGCGGGUGACACCAAGUUUAACUGUGUUUAUGACCAGGUCUUUCUUGAUACUUGGGACUACAUCUUCGACGCCUACAAGAUGCCCCUUUACUAA